AUGUUUUUCUCACAACCCGCACACCUCGCCAAGGCGGAGGAGCUGAAGCAGGCCCCUCCUAAGGGGACGCCGUACUCCGUGGCCAUCCCAGGAACUGAGCAACCUGGUCGCAGCCGGGUAUACCGGGCCUGGAAUGCGCAGAAAGAGCUGUUGGCCACGUUGGAUCCUCAGGUCGUCACCGCUCAUGACAUGUUCGAGUCUACCGCCAACCGCCAGCCCAAGAACCACUGCCUCGGCUGGCGUCCCUUCAACCCAGUCACCAAGACCUUCGAUGGCUAUCAGUGGCUCACAUACGAGCAGGUCCAGAAGCGCCGCGCUGCAUUCGGUGCUGGUCUGGUUGAGCUGCACAACAAGCACGAGUGCCACCGUCCGGGCCAGUACGGUAUUGGUCUUUGGUGCCAGAACCGCCCAGAGUGGCAGAUUACCGAUUUGGCCUGCAUGUCUCAGGGCCUCUACUCAGUCUCGAUCUACGAUGUGCUUGCUCCCGACGCUACCGAGUAUAUCAUUAACCACGCAGAGCUGAGCUGUGUCGUUACCUCUCUCCCUCACAUUCCCACCCUCCUCAAGCUCAAGCAUGCCCUGCCCAACCUCAAGAUGAUUGUCAGCCUGGACCCCCUCGAUGGCGGUGACCAGGCUGGUCACUCCAAGCGUGCCCUGUUGGAGUCAAUCGCCGCUGGCCAGGACGUGUCGAUCUAUACCAUUGAUCAGGUCGAGGCUUUGGGAGAGGCCUCCAAGCGUGGAUACAACCCUCCUUCCCCCUCGGACAUUGUCACCAUCAACUACACCUCCGGUACUACCGGUCCCCCCAAGGGUGUUGUUCUGACCCACAAGAGCGCCGUGGCUGCCACCUCUGCCGGUCUGACUACCAUCGGCCAGGCCCGGGGCGACACCAUGUGCUCUUAUCUUCCUCUGGCUCACAUUUACGCUCGUCUCUCCGAGCACUGUGCCUUCUGGGGUGGCGCUCGGAUUGGCUACUUCCACGGCAACAUUGUCGAGCUGGUCGAUGAUCUGAAGCUGCUGAAGCCCACUGGCUUCAUGUCCGUGCCCCGUCUAUACAGUCGCUUCGGUACUGCGAUCAAGGCCGCUACCGUCGAGGCUCCCGGCUUCAAGGGUGCUAUGUCUCGUCACAUCAUUGCGGCUAAGACUGCCAACUUGAAGAACCCCGACCCCUCCAAGGCUACCAUCAAGCAUGCCCUUUACGACCGUAUCUGGGCCAAGAAGGUCGCUGCUGCUCUCGGUCUCGAGCGUGCCCGCUACAUGGUCUCCGGCUCGGCUCCUCUCGACCCGAGUCUGCACAACUUCCUGCGGAUUGCCACCGGUACCGACAUCGUCCAGGGCUACGGUCUGACCGAGUCCUAUGCCUGUGGUACUGCACAGUCCACCGAUGAUCUCACUUCGGGUAACUGUGGUCGUCUCGCUCCCUGCACGGAAGCCUGCCUUCUUUCCCUGCCCGACAUGGAGUACUCCGUCGAGGACAAGCCCUACCCCCGUGGUGAGCUGCUCCUGCGCGGUAACAACAUGUUCAACGAGUACUUCAAGAACCCCGAAGAGACCUCCAAGGCCAUGACCGAAGACGGAUGGUUCCGCACCGGCGAUGUCUGCCAGAUCGACGAGAUGGGCCGCAUCAUCAUCAUCGACCGACGCAAGAACGUGCUCAAACUGGCACAGGGUGAAUACAUUUCCCCCGAGCGUCUGGAGGGUGUGUUCAUGUCCGAGCUGGGCUAUCUGGCUCAGGCCUACGUCCACGGUGACAGCAUGCAGACCUUCCUGGUUGGUAUCUUUGGCGUUGCGCCCGACUUGUUCGCUCCCUUCGCUAGCAAGGUUCUCGGCCGUCCUAUCGGCGCGACGGACCUCGAUGCGAUUAAGGAGGCUCUGGGAGAUGAGAAGAUUCGCCGUGCGGUGCUGCGUGAUCUCGAGCGCGUUGCUAAGAAGCAUCGUCUUGCUGGAUAUGAGCGUGUCCGCAACGUCUCUUUGAAGUUGGAGCCGUUCACCGUUGAGAACAACUUGUUGACCCCAACUCUUAAGCUCAAGCGCCCCCCGACCGUCAAGGUCUACCGCCAACUCCUGGACAAGCUGUACGAGCAAGCUCUGGAGGAGGAAUCCGCGCCUCGCGCCAAGCUGUAG